AUGUCACACAGCGGUAUCAAAACUUUACCAGAAUUUAUUAUAGCUGAAUCUAACUCUGGAGCGAAAGAAUGGGAGGCUUACAAGCGCGACUUUCUUGUGCAUUUAGAUGCUCUGGGACUGGACGACAAACCCGGUAAGAGGAAAGUAGGAUUAUUACUAGCUAACAUGGGCCGGGAAGCUGUGAAAAUCUACGAUUCGUUCACAUGGGCUCCACAAAUAGAAGAGGACAGAGACAACAACAUCGAGGCACAACCGGGAGAGAAUAAACAUGAUCUACAGACAGUAUUCAAGAAGUUCGAUCGUCACUUUGGGGUCCAUAACUAUCGAAACAUUAAAAGGCAAGAAUUCUUGAAAACCAGGAGAGGCAAAAAUACAAUAAUGGAUUACAUAUCCGAGCUGAAACGUAAAGCUGAAUUUUGUGAGUACGGAGAGCAGAAAGAAGGGUUGAUAUGUGACAUGAUAAUUAACGGUGUCAAUGAUAUGAAAUGUUCAGAGAAGCUAAUGGAAAUUCCCGCUGGCGAAUUAACCCUGGAUAGGGUCAUUCAAACCUGUCGUCAAGUCGAAUUGACCAACGUGCAUUUGAAAAAUUUGGACGCUGAAAACCCAUCAGUAAAUUUUGCGAACACAAAACAUAACACAAGCUACGAGAAACCAAGGACAUUCGGACAACCAGUGCAGCGAGGGCAAAGAGGAGGAAGCAGAUACCAAGGUACGCAUCCGUAUUGUGCAAAUUGCAGCAAACAUCACAUUAAAGGACAUUGUCCAGCAUUUAACAAGCAUUGUGAUGCCUGUGGGCAGAAAGGACACUUUAAGCAUUCAAACCUAUGUCAAAGUCGUGCAGCACCACCAAGAGGUCAUCAGAGAAGUCGGAGAAAUUUCAGAGGAAGAGGACACCCUCCGCGGCGCUCGCGAGUAUAUUAUGCCGAAGACAAUACACCUCAUAGCAACUCUGAGCUAGAAGAGAUGUUUAAUCAGUGCACAGUACAAGAUGUGUGGACCGCGAGUACAGAUACUAAUUCAGAGUCAACCGGUGAUUGGAAAGUUACAUUUGACAUUGGCAACAAGAAAUUAACUUUGGACAUUGAUAGCGGUGCACAGUGCAACAUAUUAUCCAAAACAAGUGCCGAGAAAUUUUCGUCCGUUGCUCCGAUCACUGAUAGUAACGUUAUUAUCAAUGGCGUAAGCACCAAAGUUAAAGCAUUUGGACAGAUAAGCUUACCAUGCAAAUACAAGGACACAGAAAGACUAGUUAGUUUCCAAGUGAUUGACAAUCCUCGACCCUUACAGUUACUUGGUAGGAAAGACAGCAUUCUAUUUGGCCUGAUUGCAAGAGUUAACAGUGUCAAUGUCAGUACCGCUACUGAGCAAUUAAGGAAAGACUAUGCAGAUGUCAUUGGACAGGACAUUGGAUGCCUUCCUGGCGAAUACGAAAUAAAAAUCGACAAAACAGUGGCACCCGUAAUUCACGCACCAAGAGCUAUUCCAGUAGCUAUUCGUGAUCAAGUAAAACUUGAGCUUGACAACUUAGUUCGUUGUGGCAUCAUAUCUCCAGUAACAGAACCAACUCCAUGGGUCAACAGUAUGGUAUGUGUGCGGAAGAAAAAUGGCCGCAUGCGAAUUUGCAUAGAUCCAUCAGAUCUCAACAAGGCAAUUAUGCGUGAACAUUAUCCAAUGAACAGUAUUGAAGAUAUUGUGACAAGAUUGCACGGAAGCAAGUAUUUUUCAACCUUGGAUGCUAACAUGGGCUACUAUCAGAUCAAAUUGUCUAAGACCAGUUCUAUGUUAACAACAUUUAACACACCCUUUGGAAGAUACCGAUACCUACGUAUUCCAAUGGGGUUGAAAUGUUCCGGUGAAGUUUUUCAGAGGGAGAUGGUGACUCAUUUUGGCAGCAUGGAAGGAGUAGAAAUCGUAAUAGAUGACAUAUUAGUUCACGGAAAGACCUUGGAAGAGCACACUGACCGACUCAAAAAGGUAUUGGAAAAAGCCCGAACCAUCGGAUUGAAGUUAAACUCAGCCAAGUGUGAACUUGUGAAACCGGAAGUUGACUAUGUUGGCCAUCGUCUCACAGGAGAAGGCUUGAAACCAUCAGCAGGCAGAGUAAAAGCAAUUCUUGAGAUGAAGGACCCAAAAGACAGAGGGGAACUUGAGACAGUACUUGGUAUGUUAGCUUACCUUGCCAAGUUUAUUCCAAGACUAAGUGAACUCACAGCUCCGCUACGGAAAAUGAAAACAAGUGAAACUUGGAACUGGGACGUUGAAUCGAAACAAGCAUUCACUAAUGUCAAGAAAGCACUAACCUCUACAGAUGUCUUGAAGUAUUUUGACGUCACUCGACCAGUGACUGUUACCGUUGAUGCAUCAAUGAAAGGCUUAGGAGCAGCGAUUUUGCAGGAAAAUGGAGUUGUGGCCUAUGCAUCUCGAGCUCUAACCUCAGCAGAACAGAGAUACGCGCAAAUCGAGAAAGAGAUGUUGGCGGUAGUCUUCGGAUGUGAACGUUUCCACAAACUGCUGUAUGGGAAGUCUAAUGUGACAAUAGAAACUGACCAUAAACCACUGGAAACCAUCAUGAAAAAACCCAUUCAUACAGCACCAAUGAGGAUACAAAAAAUGAUGUUAAGAUUACAGCCUUAUGAGUUCAAUCUCAUCUACAUUAAAGGCAAAGAAAUUGGAUUGGCAGACUGUCUGAGCCGACUACCAUUAGAGAACAGUGACGAAAGGCUGAUAGAUGAUGAAAUGAUGGUCAUGGUAGCUGAAACCUUAUCGUAUACAAACCAUGAAACACUAGUCGAAUCUACGAAGAAAGAUCAACAACUACAAAUUCUGAAACAAGUUAUUUGCCAAGGAUGGCCAGAGAGGAAAUGUGAUGUACCACUUGAAGUCAUGCCAUUUUGGGACUUUCGUGAUGAACUAUCUACUUACAAUGGACUCAUCUAUCGUGGGGAGCGUACAGUCAUACCGUCAGAACUAAGAACAGUAACAUUGAAGACAAUCCACAGUUCUCACCAAGGGAUCCUUAAGAGCAAACAGAAAGCUAGAGAAUUCGUGUUCUGGCCAGGAAUGAACAAACAGAUUGAAGAUGUUGUCAGCAGAUGCAGUGCAUGUUUAACACAUAGAAACAAACCACAAAGGGAACCAAUGAUGAUUCAUCCUAUACCUUCACUUCCGUGGAGCAAAGUUGGAACCGAUUUAUUUGAGCUUGAUAAUCGUCAUUUCCUCAUCCUAGUUGAUUACUACUCAAACUUCAUUGAAGUAGCAGAGUUAGAAAGGGACACCAGAGCGAAAACUGUCAUAACAAAGAUCAAGGAGUGUAUUGCUCGUUAUGGUAUAAUGGACAUAUUAGUGAGUGACAAUGGUCCACAGUUUGCAUGCCAAGAAUUCAAAGAGUUUACAAGAGCAUUUGGGAUCGACCAUGUCACAUCAUCACCAUUACAUCCACAAUCAAAUGGACUUGCAGAAAGAUCAGUACAAACAAUCAAGAACAUCUUAAAGAAAUGCACAGAGUCUGGAGAUGAUAUGUACUUAGGGCUACUUGAUCUACGCAACACCCCCAGGGAUAACGAAAUCGGAUCACCAAUGCAACGUCUUAUGUCCAGGCGAGUUAAGACACUGAUACCCAUCAGUGACACAUUGCGAAAGCCGUGCAUUAUAGAACCAAACCUAGUAUCUACUCGUCUUAUGGAAUACAAACAGAAGCAAAAAUUCUAUUAUGACCAAAGUGCAAAACCAAGACCACAGUGUGAACUUGGAGAUUCCAUACGCAUUCAAACACCUGAUGGUUGGAAACCAGCAACCUACGUGUCAGCCUCUGUACAUCCACGUUCUCAUAUUGUUGAAGCUGGCAGUCAGGGAAGAACGUACCGCAGGAACAACUGUAAACUGAUGAAGACAAGGGAAGACCCGCAUGUGAUCCAACCCAAACAUGAAGGAUUUGCGUCGCCCACUCUUGAAGUUCCGAUCCUGAGAACUCCAUCGGCAAACCAUUUACCACCAGCAAAGCCUAAACCAGCAUUACCAGAGGAGAAGCCAAAGGUUGAGCAGAAGUCCGAGCCAGGACAAGCACAAGAUACACAGCGAAGAUGUACACGUUCCGGACGAGCCGUCACAAAGCCAAAGUACUUAUCCGACUAUUCCGUGUGA